AUGUCUAGCAAGCAACUUGCCGAUUUACAUUUUAAAAGUAGUCCAUCUCCACUCACAAUGAACACGGAAAGAUCGAAAUACGUGAUAGGAGUAUGUGCAUUAGAUACCAAAGCACGCUCAAAACCUAUGAGAAACAUCUUAAAUUCACUAUUUGCGUUUGGGGAAUUCGAAACGAUUAUUUUUGGCGAUAAAGUUAUACUUGAUGAAGACGUUGAAAACUGGCCUGGUUGUGAUUUUUUCAUUUCAUUCUUUUCCGCAGGGUUUCCUUUGGAUAAAGCCAUACAAUAUGUGAAGUUGCGCAAGCCCUUCUGCGUCAACGAUUUACCCAUGCAAAAAAUCCUAUGGGACAGACGCCUAGUUAUGAGUCUUCUUGAUGCGAUUGGAGUUCCAACACCACAAAGAUUGGUCGCCAGUCGGGAUGGCGGAGCAAAGCUGGAAAAAGAAGUAUCAGAAAAGUUAGCGAAGAGUAUAGGUGUGAAAAUUGACACCCCAUGCGAACCAGCGAAUGUUCAGCUAAUUGAUUAUGAUACUAUUAGCAUAAAUGGACAAUUAUUAAAAAAGCCCUUCGUUGAAAAACCCAUAAGUGGUGAAGACCACAAUAUACACAUUUACUUUUCCAAAGAGAUGGGAGGGGGUGGACGUAGACUUUUCCGCAAAGUCGCGAAUAAAUCGAGUGAAUUUGACAUCAAUUUAGUGGAGCCACGAACAGAAGGCUCAUACAUCUACGAACAAUUCAUGGAUACUGAUAAUGCAGAAGAUGUCAAAGUCUAUACUAUCGGCCCUUCAUUUGCACAUGCCGAGACACGCAAAUCACCAGUAGUAGACGGAAUGGUUCGUCGGAACCAAGAUGGCAAAGAAGUUCGCUAUGUUACUAAUCUUACUCCUGCAGAGAAAAAGAUGGCCAGCGAUAUAUGUCUUGCUUUUGGCCAGACUGUUUGUGGUUUCGACUUGCUCCGCGUCAAUGGCAAAUCUUACAUCAUUGACGUUAAUGGUUGGUCUUUUGUAAAAGGAAACGACGAUUACUAUAACAAUUGUGCACAAAUUCUUCGUUCGAUAUUCUUACAUGCAGUCCGUAAACGUAAGAUAAGUAUCGAUACCAUCCCAAGAGAGUUAAGAUAUGAAAAUUCCUGGAGAUUGAAAUCCUUUGUCUCGGUAUUUCGACAUGCCGAUAGGACUCCGAAGCAAAAAAUGAAAUUUUCUUUCCGAAGUCAGCCGUUUAUAGAAUUGCUCAACGAUGGUACGGAGGAAGUUAUCUUGCGAAAUGAGGAACUGUCUCGUGUUUUAGAUGCGACUAGAAAAGCUAUCGAACUUAAGUCGGAAGAUUCAAACAAACUGUCCCAGUUAGAGAUGGUGUUAGACAAAAAACGUGAUUUACCAGGCACCAAGGUUCAAAUUAAACCAUCUUAUGAUAAAGUCGAUGGCUCAUUUAUUAAAUUACAAUUAAUUGUGAAAUGGGGUGGAGAGUUUACACAUUCCGCUCGAUAUCAAUCACGUGAUCUCGGGGAAAAUUUGCGAAAAGAUUUACUGAUCAUGAAUCGAGGGGUGUUCGAUGAUGUCAAAAUAUAUACUAGCUCGGAAAGACGCGUGAGCGCUACAGCGGAUAUUUUUGCACGAAAAUUUUUAGAUGUAGAUGAAAUCCCAGAAGAGGUAAUUCAGAUUAGAAAAGAAAUGCUUGAUGACAGUAAUGCAGCCAAAGAACAAAUGGAUAGUGUCAAGAGCCAUCUUACUAGUCUCUUAAAACCAGGCGAAUCUUCUCGAGUGGAUUUUGCCUGGCCAAAAGACAUGCCGGAACCCCGUAUAGUUGUCCAAGAAAUUAUAGAUUCACUGAAAUAUAAUCGUAUCAUCAUGAAUCGUAAUUUUGAAACCAUGGACGUUGAAAAAAUCCAAUCUCGGUGGUGUUGCUCCGAAAGUCCUCAGCUAUUUAGGGAACGAUGGGAAAAACUUUUUAGGGACAUUUGCGAUGUUGACCGUCAAAAGUUCGACCCGAGCAAACUUUCAGAACUUUACGAUUCAUUAAAAUACGACGCAUUGCAUAAUCGACAGUUUCUUGAGAAAAUUUUUCAAGAUCCAACGCAUGAGAAUACUUUCCAAGUGAAAAAGUUGUAUCAAAGCUCGAAGAUCCUGUUUGAUUUCGUGGCACCUCAAGAAUAUGGAAUUGAGAAUAAGGAGAAAUUGGAGAUCGGAUUGUUGACAUCAUUACCACUGCUCAAACAAGUUAUUGAGGAUUUGGAGGUAGCGAAGGCGAGUCCAAAUCCGUGUACAAGACUCUAUUUUACUAAAGAUCUUACACAGAUUACUUUUGAAUUGUACGAGCGUAAUCGUAACGUAUCCGGUGACGACAAAGAAUACUCAUUACGCGUGGCUUUCAGUCCGGGUGCUCACAAUCCUAACAUUCUCGACAUCCAACUUGAUGCUAGGCAUUGCCUUAACGUGGCACCGAGGAGGAAUUUGACCGAUCAUUUGCCACUUGAUGAGGCGUUAUCUUAUUACAAGCAAAAGCUUCGUAAUCCACAAACGGCAGCCGUUGAAGAACAAUUACACCUUAUGCACGAAAAUAAUCAUCAUAAUCCACCCUUGACGCAAUAUGACAUUUUGCGUUUAAGCAAAUCGAUUUAG